GUGAUAAUAGUCUUAUGAUUGCUUUCCUUGUUCUCACCAGACGUGACCGUUCAAGACGUAACCUCCAAUCCAGGUCAGAUAAUGCCUAGCCGCUUCGUAUCGGCUGGCAAGAUCGGCUCAUCUGGAGAGAUCUCGAAAGACGCCAGUGGCACAGAAUCAACACCUCAACAGCCGCUGCACAAUUCCGCUAAAUCCAAAGAAUGGGAAGCGGUCGAGAAACAGUUGGAAGCCGAAAGAAAGAAGCGCGAGGAACAGCGCAUCAAGGCUGCUGCAGGAGAAGGCGAGAAGACCUUAUAUGACGUCCUCCAGGCAAACAAAGCGGCAAAACAGGCCGAAUUUGAAGAGCAGACCAAACUACGUAACCAGUUUCGUGCAUUGGAUGAUGACGAGAUAGAGUUCUUGGAUGAGAUACGCGCCAACAAGCGUGCAGAAGAGGAACGCGUGAAACGAGAGACGGAAGAAGGUCUAAAGGCAUUUCGAGAGCGACAAAAGGGCGAUACUGCUCAGGGCGAAACUGCUGGUGUUGAAGAAGAAGGCGAGUCAUGGGAGAUUGGUCGUAAGAGGAAGCGCACGAAAGAGAAAGAUGUCAAGGGGCUGAGGCGAAAAGUCAGCGCAGCGGAGGAGAAAGAAACUGGGAAGCAAGAUACAAAGCCAGUCGAAGGCCCGAGUCGUGAUACGUUGGAUGAGAAGUCCAGGACGACAAAUCAGUCAGCUGCCAAGCCACCAGAGAAGAAGGGGCUAGUAUUGGUGGGUUAUGGGAGCGAUUCAGAUAAUGACGAUUGAAGGUCUGAGCAAACCACAGUAACGCUGAGGCUACAUGAUGAAUGGGGAUCAAAUGCCAUUGAAUCAUAUAGCAUAAUAGACCAAGACCAUGCUCGAUGCCGUACCUCAUUCUAUCAUUAGUGUUACAUUGGCACCAGCCCCUCGC